AUGAACCUAAGACAAGUCUUUGUGUCUGUACUGAUGUUUGGUGUAGCUGGUCUACUCCUCUUCAUGUAUCUGCAAGCUUGGAUUGAAGAACAACAUACAGAGACUGGAGAAAAAUUACAACAACAGAUAAUUAAUCAGGAUUUCACACUCCCACCUCUGAGGAGGAGAGCAGCGUGGAACAGGAGUGCUUCUCCUGGCCUCAGUAAGCAUGAGAUGACCAUCUUGAGUGGCAGGCACUGGCAGAGCAAGGCUGAUCCUUUCGAAGUGGUAGCUGCCUCCUUGGUGAACCAACUGUCUGACCAGCAGAAGAUGAGCGAGUCACCUCUCAGCCAGUUCAGAGAGGUGUAUUCACCUCCUGCACUGCACCCUUCAAACAAGACGUUACUCAAGGGUGGCAAGUGGAAGGAUGUGGAUAUCACCCAGGAAAAGCGCAGGUCCUUCCUGCAUUACUUCUGUAAGAAGUACAACAGCAGAAAGAAGCUGCAAACCCACCUUGUGCACCUCGUGUCAAGAAUUUAUGUAGAGGACAGGCACAAGGUCCUGUACUGUGAAGUGCCAAAAGCAGGCUGCUCUAAUUGGAAAAGGGUCCUCAUGGUGCUCAACGGACUCGCCACUUCAGCACACAACAUUUCCCACCACGAUGUGCACUAUGGAAAGCAUCUAAGGAAACUGGACAGUUAUGACCUAAAAGGGAUACACACACGCUUGAACACGUACACCAAGACUAUAUUUGUACGUGAUCCUAUGGAAAGACUGGUAUCUGCCUUCAGGGAUAAGUUUGAACAUCCAAACAGCUAUUACCAUCCUGUAUUUGGGAAAGCAAUAAUUAAGAAGUAUAGACAUAACGCAAAUGAAGAAGCUUUGAAAACAGGAUCCGGAGUUACGUUCAAGGAGUUUAUCCAAUAUUUAUUAGACUCCCAUCGCCCAGUAGGAAUGGACAUUCAUUGGGAACAAGUUAGUAAGCUCUGCUAUCCCUGCCUCAUCAACUAUGAUUUUAUAGGAAAGUUUGAAACCCUGGAAGAAGAUGCCAAUUACUUUUUGCAGCUGGUGGGUGCUCCAGCUGAGCUGAAGUUUCCUAAAUUCAAAGACAGACAUUCCUCUGAUGAGAGAACAAGUGCAGAAGUAGUGAGGCAAUACUUAAAGGAAUUGUCUGAGAAGGAGAGACAGCUGACCUAUGACUUCUAUUACUUGGAUUACUUAAUGUUCAAUUAUACAUCACCAACUGUAUAG